AUGCAGCUCACCUGGUAUCUGGCGGCCGCCACGGCCGUCACCGUCGCCCAAGCUUCUCCGCACCCCCCACACUGGCAACAGCCGCUGCAGGAGACAUCCCUCUCGCCCGCGCAACAGGUCAGCCCCAGCCAUGAGCCGUCAAACAUUGAGGAUGUCAUCAGCAACUCUCCUCUGCUCUCAUUCCAUCGGGACAUAAUUGAAAUUGAGUCCAUUUCCGGAAACGAGCACGAUGUCGGCCUCUUCGUCGCCGAGUUCCUCGAGUCCAAGAAUUUCACUGUUGUCAAGCAGGAAGUCGCCCCUGUGAAGAAGAAGCAGUCCGGCAAUGAUACCACGAUUCCCAAGCAACGCUAUAAUAUCUAUGCCUACCCCUCUUCUCUUGGAGAGCUGCCCUCCAUCCUCCUCACCAGCCACAUCGACACCGUCCCGCCAUUCAUCCCGUACUCCACCAGUGAGCCCAAAUCGCAGUCUUCUGGAUCUAGUUUUGAGGAUAUCAUCAUUGCUGGUCGUGGAAGUGUCGAUGCAAAGGCCAGCGUCGCCGCCCAGAUCUUCGCUACCCUCGAAACCCUCCACGAGAGCCCGGACGCGAAACUCGGCCUCCUCUUCGUUGUCGGCGAAGAAAUCGGUGGAGACGGCAUGCAGGCCUUCUCUACUUCCGACUUGAACAAGAACAGCGCCUACCAUACUGUCAUCUUUGGUGAGCCUACCGAGCUCGCCCUCGUCUCCGGCCACAAGGGCAUGCUGGGCUUUGAGAUUCUCGCUCACGGCAAGGCCGCCCACUCCGGAUACCCCUGGUUAGGUCACAGUGCCAUCUCUGCUAUCAUUCCAGCGCUCGCAAUUGUCGACAAACUCGGAGAUAUUCCCGCCAGUGAGGGCGGACUUCCAUCCUCCGAGAAGUACGGUCACACUACGCUGAAUAUCGGUACCGUGAACGCGGGUGUCGCGACCAAUGUUGUUCCAGCUGAGGCCAGAGCGAAUGUUGCUGUGCGUCUUGCGGCUGGUACGCCGGAGGAAGCGCGUGGAAUUAUCACUCGUGCUGUUGCCAAUGCAACGCGGGAUGUUGAGGCUGAGGUUGUCGUUGACUUCAGCUCACACAGGGAAUCUUACCCGCCUCAAAAUAUCGAUACUGAUGUUCCUGGCUUCAAGAUUAUCCCUGUCAACUAUGGUACUGAUCUGCCCAACCUGAAGGUUAAGAGGGGUGUGAAGCGGUACUUGUAUGGACCGGGUAGCAUUUUCGUGGCGCAUGGCGAUAAUGAGGCUCUUACUGUGCGCGAUAUGCACGACGCGGUUAAUGGAUACAAAAAGCUGAUUAAUGCUGCCCUGGAGAGGGAGUAA